GGGGCGGGGCGGGUCACGUGCCUUUGUUUGGCGCUUUUGUGCGCGGCGGAGCGGGCGGGAGCGGAGUGUGGCUGCGGCGGCGGAGCGGCGAGGAAUCCAUCUGAUUGAAGUUCUCCCAGGCUUGGCUUCUGGAUUCAUAUUUUCUUGAUCAUGGCUACUUCUGAUAUCCAAGUGAAGGAACUGGAGAAGCGAGCUUCUGGGCAGGCAUUCGAGCUGAUCCUCGGCCCCCGCUCCAAAGAAGCAGCCCCAGAGUUCCCUCUCUCCCCUCCAAAGAAGAAGGAUGUGUCCCUGGAGGAGAUUCAGAAGAAGCUGGAAGCAGCAGAAGAGAGGCGCAAGUCUCAUGAAGCAGAAGUCUUGAAGCAGUUAGCUGAGAAGAGAGAGCACGAAAAGGAGGUGCUCCAGAAAGCCAUUGAGGAGAACAACAACUUCAGCAAGAUGGCUGAGGAGAAGCUGACUCACAAAAUGGAAGCUAACAAAGAGAACCGUGAGGCACAAAUGGCUGCCAAGCUGGAGCGCUUGCGGGAGAAGGACAAGCAUAUCGAAGAGGUUCGAAAGAACAAAGAAGGCAAAGACCCUGGUGAGGCUGAAACCGACUGACUUCAUCCUGGAAACUGACUCUCUCCCCCUGCUCUGGACAUCCAAAGACUGUCUGGCCAGUGCUUCUAUCUUCGGGCUUCAGUUGGGUUUGGUUGGUUUGGGUUUUCAGUUGAAGUUUCUAGAACCUGACGUAGAACUGUAAAAUUAGCUCCAAGCUGUACACUUAGCUUUCUUUUGGUUGGUUUUUUUUCUGUUGGGGGUAGAGGAGAGACUUUCCCUGUUCCACUUUUCUAAAGUGUUGUCUUUCCAGUGUAGCUCUUCUCGUUGCAUCCUUCCCUGCUCCCAGCCACGUCUGCUCGCGCUGGGGGGUGGCUUGGUACUGUAUCAGCUCUGUAAGACGUUUGUGAAAGGAAUCUGUAGUACACUUCCAUGCUCAGUAUCUGUUACACUUCAGCGACAGAAACAAAACUCUGGCUCUGUCCCAGCCUGCUAAAAACUCCUGCUGUAAUGAAUGACUAAAUAAAGCUGCACAGUGCUGUUA